AUGCAAAAAUACAACUACGAGCCUCUGCCUCCGCGGCACAUCCGCAUCGCAACUUUGCAUUCUGUAAGAGAUAGCGGUGAUACCAUGAUCCAGAUCACUUUGCGUCAAGCCAUGUUCGAUACUUAUAACGAUGAUGAAAUUGAGGAUGGAGGGCCAAUCAAAGAUUUACAGAAUGCCGGCAAUGGGAAAAAGCCAUCGCUUCUGUCGCGAAUGCAAGACCUGCACCUCGGCUCUCGCGUGAAGCAGAUGGUCAAAGGGCGCGACAAUGCCACUGAACUAGGCUACCCUUUGCGGCUAGGCAGCAAGAAGCCCCGGUAUGAAGCAUUAUCGUAUUCUUGGGGUCUUAGAGGGGCCGAGCCGCCGGUUGUGAUGAUUUCGGAUACUCGCAGCCAAGACGCGUACCCAUUUCAAGUCAGCGACAAUCUUCUAUCGGCGCUACGGCGGCUUCGCAAGAACAAGAAGCCCAGAGACCUCUGGGUUGAUCAGGUUUGCAUCAACCAGGAGGACGAAGAGGAAAAAGCGGUACAGGUUGCUAUGAUGGGUGCGAUUUAUGCAAACGCUGAUGCUGUUCUCGCCUGGAUAGGCGAGGAGACCGACGAUAGCCAGCUUGCCUUUUCCACCUUCACCAAUAUUGGGAAGUUCCUCUCGAACCCCAACAAUGAACCUGGUUUAUCUUUCGACGAAGAAAGGCCGGGCUUGUGGUUACCUGAUGAACCCAGCCCCGAUGCGUUGGCUGCCGCGAAUGAAAUGUUAAAGCGGCCGUGGUGUAGCCGGCUAUGGAUACGCCAGGAAAUCGCUCUAGCUAAGCAAGAAACAGCCGUAAUCGUUUGCGGAUCUUUGACUAUACCCUGGAAAUAUUUCCGUGCAGGUGGAAUCUACAUUGCGCAUAUUAAAAAUCAGGCAACCCCCAUCCCAUUUCCCGUCCUGGCAUGGGGAAUAUACUUAUUCGACGAAUUCUUGGACCGGGUUCCAACAGGUCAAAUCAAAGGUGGCGACGCAAGUCUUUCUGUUCUUCGGGAAAUGAGCUGGGGCACCGGAUGUGCUGAUAGUCGUGAUCGAAUCUUUGCCAAUCGGGCCUUGCUGGCAUGGCCGGAUGAGCGCCAGCGACUCCGCCCUAGUUACGCCAAAAAAAAAAAAAAAAAAAAAGCGCCUCAGGUUUAUCAAGACGCCGUUGUUGCAUAUUUGAACUCACAUAACGACCUGGUAGUACUUAACCAGUGUCGGUGGAAAACGCUCAGUUCUUCGGAAUGGGGAGCGCCAACUUGGUGGGUUUUGUCUACCUCACGGCUAGCUACCGCAACCACUCAUCAAGUAUGCAGGGUUCCAGAUUGGUCUGAUACGAACGUCCCAACCAUGCCGAAGUUCUUUAUCACUGAUAAUGGUCUUAAAGCCUCUGUCAGGCUGGCUACUCCGUUCAAGAUUGAGGGCAAUGUUUUGCAGGUGGCAGGCGUUCAUUUAGGUACAGUCAGCAGCAGGAUUUCCCUGUCAGAUGCAAUGACAAUUGAGAACACUCUCGAAGAGGUCCAGGAAUUCUUUGCUUCUGAUUCAAGUUCUUUGUGCGCUCAUUAUUGCACAAACCCGGCCGGGGUCUUUACGCUUGGCGAUGCUUACAUCGUGUCUCUGUCCGCAUGCGACCUUGACUGGUCUUUACCAGCACCCACCCACCCCCAUGAUCUAGACGGAGAUCUUUCUCAGAGACUUCAAGCUAUUCGUCCCUGGAUGUCAGCUUUAGGGCAGGCCAGCGCUGAUGCUUCCUCCGUGAUGCCAGAAUCCUUAAUCAACUGCAUCCGAAAAGCUAGACAACACCAAACGCAGCUUUUUCGCACUAGCCAUGGCAAAGCAGGCCUGUCUUGGGCACCAGCUAUGGAGCUAGGCGAUUGUGUCUGGAUCUUAUUCGGUUGUAAUGUGCCCAUGCUACUGCGUCCUGUGGCUUCUACCAAUACCGGAGGCAUGACGGCAGACCGUGACCCGCACCAAUAUCAGGUCGUAGGGCCUGCAUAUCUUCCUUGGGUGUCCGACGGGGAGCCCAUCCUAGGCGAGCUUCAUCCAAAAUGGUAUCGAUUUGGUGCCGACGAAUUUAUCGACAUGGGAGAGGGCGAUGAUGCGAUUCAGUUUUUUGCAGCCAUGAAUGAAUAUCCGGGGGUCCGAGUCGGUCCCAAAAUUCAGGCCCAAUUCGAUCCCCGAUUGAAAGAAUUGCCAUUCACCUUGGAUACUAUUCGGACGCGGUGGCCCAAGACGGAGCGGUUGCGGGAUACAUUCGUCAAUGUCCCGUUCAAUGAGUUGGAAACUACGCUGGCUGAACGUGGAGUCAAGGUUGAGCGACUGGACUUGGUCUAG